CUGGCUCUCAAAGGCGUGGUGGCCUCGGCUCGAGCCAGGCCAUGGCGCCGACAGGGUCGACCGGCCCGUCAGGUUCGGGCCGAGUGAGCAGCAGCGUGGCCGCGUGGCGGCAGCGGGCGGGCGGCAGCGGCGGCAGGCAACGGGCGGCAGCGGCGGCGGUCGCCCAGCUCCGCGCGGCCGACCGAUCUGGCCAUGGGCCGGCAGCGCGCGGCCGCCACGCUGGCCGUGCUGCUGGCCCUUACGCUCUGCUGGGGCGCGGGCGGCCAGGGCUGCGUGCCGCCGGCGUGGGUGGCCGAGGUGGAGUGCGUCGAAGGCGCCAAGACGGUGGACUGCGCGUUCUGCGGCGGCGCCGGCAUCGCCGCACCGAACAGCACCUGCGCGCCCGCCCCGGGCCCCGGCGCGGACUCGAGGGCGGGUCGCCUCGCGAUCCUGGUGCUCGGCUCGGUGGCCGCCUGCGCCCUGUCGGUCGCGAUCGGCGGAAAUAACGCAGGCGAGGCGUGGGGUUCCGCGGUUGGGUCUGGUGCCAUCGGCAUUCGGGCUGGCUGCCUGCUGGGCGGGCUCGGCGAACUGUUGGGUUCGGCGUUGCUUGGGACGGGAGUGUCUGGCACCUUGCAGGAGUUCGUCGUGGAACCGGGUGGCGAGGGCUGCUGGGCGUGCGGGCUGUGCACCAGUAAAAUGGGUACCCAUGAGCUUGGCAUGCUCGCAGCCCUGUGCGGCGCUGUUGUGUACUUGAUGGGGGCCACCCUCCUCGGCAUGCCUGUCUCGAGCACCCACGUCGUCGUGGCUGGCGUCGUGGGCAUGACGUGGUCAUCUGUGGGCUCCGGCUGCCUCAAUUGGUCGCCGCUCGAGGGCGGCCUUGGCUCGAUUGCCUUGUCGUGGGUGGUUUCUCCCAUCCUCGCUGGUAUCUCGGGAAUGGCCAUGUAUGUGUCGACACAUUUUCUCAUUUUUAAGAGCGGAGAUCCGGUGAAGGCUGCCUUCGUUGCCGUGCCAUGCAUGUACGGCAUCACGAGCGCGAUGCUUCUCUAUCUGACUCUGUUGAUUUCGCCCAUGACAGCUACGAGCUUCAAAUGGGGCCCGCGUAUGCUGGUGUCCAUUGCGACGCUCUUCACGGUGCCCUUCGUCGUGAACCGUAGCGUCAUGCCGCAUGUGAAGUUGGAAGUCUCCUACGCGCGAAAGGUAUACGAGGCCAAGGCGAGAGCCCACGAGGCGGAGGAGGUCGGCCGCGUUACAGGUGCACUGAGAGCAUCGCAGCAUCUUGGGGACUGCCCAGCGCGACCAGCGCGUGAAGACCCAUGCCAGCGCGAAGCUCAGCGCCCUGCCGACGGCGAACGAGGCCUCCGACUCUUCGCGCCUUCCGCACCAACUGUAGAGCAGGCCCUGGCGAAGUGCUGCUUCAAACGCCUGCUGGUGUUCAACGCCUUCCUGGAGUCUUUUGCGAUCGGCGCCAACGACACCGCGAACGCCACGGGCCCCUUCGGUGCCAUCUACGGUGCCUACAACAGUGGCGUCUACGCUUGCGACCUGGAGCCGACGCCAUGGUGGGUCAUGCUCAUCGCUGGCCUUUUUGUUUUUGUAGGGGUAAACACGUUCGGGCAUCGAGUAAUCAGGACUGUGGGCGAGGGCCUCUGCUCCCUCGACUACCACGUCGGGUACUGCGUGGAGUGGGCCUCCGCCUCCGCCGUGUUUGCUGCCACGCUGAUGCACCUGCCGGUCUCGACGACGUGCUGCCAGAUCAGCGCAGUGGUGUGCGUCGGCGUGGCGGCUGCGGGACUGGAGGGGGUCUCUUGGCGCAUGCUGUCCAGGAUCGCGCUGACGUGGGCGGCCACCCUGCCGUGCGCGGGGCUGCUGGCGGCCCUGCUGACGAAGCUGUACUCGUGAUGCGGCACGGCGAAAAUGGGCUCCUGCCAUCGGCAUCGUCUUGAGCUCCAGCUCAGCUCGCUGACACAGUAGGCACGGCACACAAGAAACGAGCCUGUCAGUAGCUGCCCGCGGAAGCUUCUUAUCCCCCGGGAGGAGGGAGGAGGCUCCUCGGCCUCGGCAAGGAGGAGAUGCUGCUGAGUUUCGGGCUGCGCGAAGGCGUCCGUCCAUGGCACGCGCCCUGCCGAGCGCGAGGGGGGGUUCCCCAGGGCCCCGGCUGUGACGCGCGAGUGCGGGCGCCGCCUCCCCUCUUUGGCAUCGCUCGGACGUGUGCGUUUUUUUUUC